AUGGCUGCACCACCAGAAAUGAGUGAAGCAGAUCAAAUUAAAACGUUCAAAGAUUUUCUCGUGCAAUACAAUAAACUAUCAGAAUUAUGUUUCAAUGACUGUAUACAUGACUUCACAUCAAGAAAUCUUAGGUCUUCAGAGGAAAGAUGCACACUUAAUUGCAUGGAGAAAUAUUUAAGGAUGAAUCAAAGAGUUUCCCAAAGGUUCCAUGAGUUCCAGAUGAUAGCUAAUGAGAAUAUGUUAGCAUUAGCUCAAAAAUCAGGCAACCCGAGCUAA